AUGGCCGAUAUCACUGACCCUUCCGCCGGUCUCGACCAGCCAUCGCCUGGUGAUGACCUUGCUGGCAAUGGUGGCGACACCCGUGGUCAGAAGCGCAACAACAGAGCUUCCAUGGCCGGUGAGGAUGAUGACGACGAUGACGAGAAAGGUGGCCGUGAGCGGAGAAAGAUUGAGAUCAAGUUUAUCCAGGACAAGUCUCGCCGGCAUAUCACCUUCUCCAAGAGGAAAGCCGGAAUCAUGAAGAAGGCGUACGAGCUUUCGGUCCUCACCGGCACCCAAGUGCUGCUUCUAGUCGUCUCCGAGACUGGCCUCGUCUACACCUUUACCACACCCAAACUCCAGCCUCUCGUCACCAAGGCUGAGGGCAAGAAUCUGAUUCAAGCCUGCUUGAACGCCCCAGAGCCCAGCAGCGAUAACGGUGUUGAUGGUGCUGAUGAUGUUGCCUCCCCCGAUGACGUUUCGAGCAUGCCUCAACCUCCUCCAGCCAUGCCUCGCGCCCCUGCUCACAAUGCUGGCUACAUGACACAAGAACAACAGCAACAGGCUCUGUAUUACCAGCAGCUGCAGCAACAGCAGAACCAGGGUGGCCAAUAUGCCGGUAUGCCUCAGAUGCCCCAGCAUCAGCGUGCUUAG